AUGGGGCGAUUUUUGCUUACAGUUUUGGCUCUUUGCACCCUAAAUGCGUCUGUGCAUGGGAAAGCUAUUGUGAGUCCUAGAAAACAGGCUGAGCUUAUGGUAAGUGGAGUUCAAAUCUUAAUACUUCGUAUUAUAUAUAUCAGGGAAUAAACUCUUUUUGUCGCCUAUAUUGCACGUGUAAAUCCUGAUAAUGAUAUUUGUAUUGCAACUACUGGCUUCUUAGGAACAUUAGAAAUUUUAUCUGCGACACAAAGCUAUCGUUUGUAAAUUGUUAGCGGUGUAAUCCUUCGGUGGUUUCUCCUUCAACUUCGCCUAUCACGUACGAGUAAUUGACGCCAAGUUGCACUCAUCUACCGCAAGGAAUGCUCAAACAAAACUCACUUUUCCUCAUUAAAUUCCAAGUUUGUGAAACAUCGAAAGAACACGAUAGCACAGAAAGGGAUGGAAGUGUUCACAAUCUACCACUGUGAUGGUAUGCAAACCUCGACUCGCAAUUCGCACGCGACUCUAUCAACAAUAAAUGAAUAACUAUAAAUAACACUUUAAUCGCAAGAAUCAAGAAUAACAUCUCCCAGUAAGUUUCCUUUGAGCUUAUUGUGGCACUGCAAUACACAUGAGAACAUAAGCUUCCGCAAUUCAAAUUGAUUGCCACCUCCAGGCAGAAAUGUUGUCAUUUUGCGGCAUCAAUUGACAUGCAAAAUUCCCGUUGUGUCGACUGAAUAUGUUUUAAUUAUUUCCACAAAACCCAAAAAAGGUUAUCAUAAAAGACAUUUGGAAUUUUCCGCAGACUUGUUAACGGAAGUGACCCGAUCGAAACCAAGACAGAGUUUGGCUUGAACCGAUGGAGUCACCUAACAAACUGGGAUAUUUCAAUUUUUCCCCUUUUUUAUAUUUUCAUCAUUAGAUACUAAUACUGCGAUAUUUUAUUUUAUUUUUUGAACUAAUUUCUGCAGGGUUCCUCUUCGAGAUUGUUUCUGUUUCAGACGAACUUACGGUCCUGUUUCAUUAUCUCAGUCUCUUAACUGAAAGGGAAAAAAAAAACCUUUCCAUUUGCUUUAAGGGAAAUUUGCUGUGACGGUAUGAAGAGAAAGCUUACGAGACUGCGAACCUAUUUACAGGGGAUAAAAAGUUUUGUAUGCCGCACAGUUAUGAUACAUUUCCAAUGUCGAUGCAAAUGGAAAUUUUAGGUUAUUAUAUUGUGUUCAUAAUAUACAGCAAAUACAUAUUCACCCUGAGUGGUUUGCACUAGAGAAAAGAUCGCGCUUAUGAAUUCCCAUCAGCGCACGCAUGAGAGAGAGAAACACGCGCGUGGAAAAAGAGAAGUUUCCUUUUUCCCAUGCGCGCCCCUAAUACUAGCGUUCUUUUUUUGCAUCAGUCAUUUAGACUUUUUAAAAUUACUUCUUUUCAUAUGCCUUUAUAAGUUCAUACACAUUUACUUCUUUUUUUUUUCUCCCGAAGGAUUACAUGGUAAGGUAUGGAUAUCUGCAUCAACCCGAUCCCAGACUAGAAAAAGAUCUUACCAACGACGAUGUUACAUUGGCCGUGAAAAAUCUCCAACACAUGAGGGGACUGGCAGAGACCGGAAGUCUUCAGGACCCUGACACUGCGGCUCUGGUGGACGUAAAGCGUUGUGCAGUGCCAGACUUUGGGCCAUCGGAUACCGCCAAGAGAAAGCGAAGAUAUGCUGUGCACGGAACGGUAUGGAACAAAAAGGUACGUAUUACUAUCUGUAUGAACACAAUCUUAUAACCACUGUAUCUAUCCCUCAAAAGGCGUCCCCUGUAAAAGUUUUUAAGUCAUUUUUGUGACGUCAUGGUGCAAAACUGUCUAACCCUUGGAUUCCUAGGAUCCAUGUCUCAUUCUCAUCUUUAGCUGUUAUGCAUUUUCUUGUUGAGCAGUUAAAAGUAUGAUUUGCUUUUAUGUCGAGAUGACAUCCUCUGACUAAAAACUCUUCGUUAAUUCGUUUCACCUGCUGCUCAGUAGGGAAGAAAAUCACAAAAAAAUGCCAUAUGAACCCAAGAGUGAAAAAGGAUAGUUAGGAAUAGGGAAGAUAAAAACCGAUUGCUGAGCUAGAACACUUAACUUUGGUUCACCCGGACUUAAAAAGUUGACUACCCAGGGCUUUUUUUAUAUAAAUUAAACUAGAGCUAAACUAUUUCUGGCACUAAUAUGAUAAAAAUAUUUCUUAAUUUCUCCCAACAGCUGUUAACCUACAGAAUCGUCAACUACCCAUCAGCAACCAAGCUUAAAGUUAAAGAAGUCGACGAUACAAUCAGGAAAUCUCUGGAUUCAUGGUCAGCGGUCAGCCAAAUAAAGUUCGAACGCAUAACUGAUAAUAACACAGAAGCAGACAUUAUGAUCAGUUUUGUGACUGGUUACCACGGAGACAGCAGACCAGCGGAUGGGCCCGGGAAAGAGCUGGCACACGCAUUUUUUCCUCUCGAUAACAAAGGUGUGUUUAAACUUCAAAGAAUUUUCAAAUUUACUGAUUCGAAAUGAUGUCUGCCUUUCAACCAUUUUCCGUGAUUUAUCUCGAUAUAUCGAUGUAUGCAAAGAAAAAAACUGUCACCACAGGUAGUCGCUUUAUAGCUGUCGUAUAGCCCCCCCCUCCAUUCCCCAAGAAGAAACGUGUCUCCCUGAGGGAAGAGUUCGGCUGCAAGUAGUCGAAUUGUUUUAACAAUUGAUGUUUCCUUUAAGGUCUGGCAGGCGAUCUUCAUUUUGAUAACGAUGAAGAAUUUGAUAUCAAUGGUAAUCCAACCAAAGUGGAUUUCAACUGGCUCUCGCUACACGAGCUCGGUCAUAGCCUGGGACUAGACCAUUCCUGGCACAUUGACUCUGUCAUGUUCCCGUUUUAUCUGGGUUAUGCUCCAGGUCUGAAACUUGAUAAGGACGAUGUGGAAGGAAUUCAGCAGCUUUAUGGUAAGGACCUGUCUUAACUCGACCACAUCUUAACGUUGUUAGUGCUGGUGGGCAAUACACCUUUGUUUUGCCAUCGAUAUCAUGAUUAUUGCCAUUAUUAUUUCAUAGUCAAUUUUCUUUUAAAUGGAAACACUUUUCUUGUGAUGUGAUGGUAAGGCAAGUAUGUUGUUGUGGUGAUUGCUACCAUCAAUCGACGUAGCAAGUUGUAGACGUAAGAUUAUCAGCGGGUUAAUGCAAACAAACAAAAAACCUUCUUAGCCACGAUGGUAGUUGUGUGGUCGUUCGAAAUUAAAUAUUUUUAAAAAAUCUUUCUUUCCCAAGCUUUUAUCUCCUACCUGUGCCCAAACAAAUUGGCUAUAAUCACAUAGCUUUUCAUCACAUUUGGAAACACUUUUUGAUUUUUUUUUCCAUCUUCACUUUCGUCGAUGUGACAUUUUUUUAACGAUUUUAUUUCCAUCAGGUAAACCAGAAGUGGACCUUGUCACUCCUACUCCCCACACUAAUCCUACACAGCCUCUUGGGAUACCAGAUUUUUGUUCCCUGGAAAAACUUGACGCCAUGGUUAUGAUAAAAGACAAGAAAACGUACGCUUUUAGCGGCGCGUUUUUCACGGAGGUCUCUGAUAAAGGGGCUGGUAAAGUUAAGAAAAUAAAAGACCAUUGGCCAGGACUAGAGGAUGACAUCGACGCUGCAGUUACCAGACGACACAAUGGAUGGACAUACUUUUUCAAGGGCACAAAGUAAGUUAAUAAAUCAUCAGUUUUCAACUGAGAGUCGAGAAUAACCCUUAAUUUCCAUGAUUUUGCUUUACUUCACACUUUGUGAUUAGUUGAGAAAUUUGCGCCAUAUUCUCGACCAAAGAGACGAAAAACUACGGCCAGUCUCGCCUUGAUCGUUCAUGAUUUGCCAUGUCUCAGGCUGUUGCAUGUUGACUUAUUCGGUCAGUAGCGACACUCAACUGGAAAGAAAUCUAUAGAAAUACUCAUACAGUAAAAACCUUGCAUGUUAUGCAAGAGGUGAAUAAUCCUUUGCGCCCGUUGGUUAUACGAGGAGGAUAUCGUCCAGUGGAGCUCGAUCAAAUUACAGUAUCUCCUCAAGAACAUGUCCUUCAGGCGAUUUAAACAGUGGCACCCUGCGUGAAAAAUCGCAAUUAAAAUGUAUGCAAAUCAUUUAUCUUCUUAACUUAGACAGAUUACUUUAUCUCCGCCGGAAUGAAUGGCUUAAUCAUUCCUACAAUCUGAAUUAGUUUUCGCUGUUGUCAUUCUUCACAAGGAAAAUUUUGAUGAUAAUCGAUACCUUUUUGUUUUAUUUAACAGAUUCUGGAUCUUAAAGAACAAACGCUUAAUACGAGGACCAAUAGACAUCACUGUUCCACAUAAAGAUGGUGGGAUGGGCCUUCCGAAGGAACUGUACAACAUGGAUGCCGCUGUCGAAUGGGCUGGGAACGGGCGCAUGUAUUUCUUCAAGGGGGAGGACUAUUGGCGUUAUAACUUUUAUCGACGAAGGGUCGACUAUGGGUACCCCAAGAAAAUCUCCAAAGCCUGGCUUAAUGUUCCGAGUAAUCUGAACGCUGCCUUACAGUGGAAGAAUGGCAAAACAUAUUUCUUGAAAGGGAAGAGCUAUUACGCUUUGAAACGUCGAGGAAGACCACGGGUUGAUUCUGGAUAUCCCAAGGAUAUUUCCGCCUACUGGAUGGGAUGUAGCCAAGAGGGACUUAUCAGGGGAAAGAUUUCCCCUGGGAGAUCGUCUUCCUUCUCUGUUUUACCGAAUACUCUUGUCUUGCUGGGAAGCAUGCUAACUUGGUUAAGACUUUAUCAGUAGUGAGCUGAGCUCAAUGGAGAUAUGAACAACAGGAGUUCGAGAAAGAUUCAGGUUUGAGAACUGUAAUAAAACUCUCUGGAGUGGCUCUACAAAGAAUAUAGGAAAACAAAUAGAUAAAAAAUUACUCCUAAGAAAAUAUUCUGAUGUACAUUUCGAGGACGUCAUCUCACUAAUACUACAGAUAUUUAAUUACUCACACAUGCAUGUAACAUUUUCUUCACUUUAGUGAGAAAAUUUGA